UUUUGAUGCUAAAAUUAUAAUUUUUGGAUACACAAACUGAAAAAUGGCUUCCAGUUUCAGAAAACCAGCCAACACAGCAAACCAACGGAAGAAAGCAGGUCCUAAACCAGAUCUUACAGAGGAGCAGAAGCAGGAAAUCAGAGAGGCCUUUGAUCUGUUUGACACAGAUGGUUCUGGAACCAUAGAUGUAAAGGAACUUAAGGUUGCCAUGCGUGCUCUUGGCUUUGAGCCGAAGAAAGAAGAGAUCAAGAAGAUGAUCGCAGACAUUGAUAAGGAAGGCUCAGGCACCAUCGACUUCAACGACUUUCUUAGCAUGAUGACACAAAAAAUGAGUGAAAAAGACUCGAAAGAGGAGAUUUUGAAGGCGUUUAGGUUGUUUGAUGAUGACAGCACAGGCAGAAUUUCCUUCAAAAAUCUCAAACGAGUUGCUAAGGAGCUGGGAGAGACCCUCACAGAUGAGGAACUCCAGGAAAUGAUCGAUGAGGCAGACAGAGAUGGAGAUGGAGAGGUCAGUGAGGAGGAGUUCCUUCGGAUAAUGAAGAAGACCAGUCUAUAUUGAACACUUCUGUUUUUAGUUCUACUU